CACUCUCUCUCUCUUACACACACACACACACUCUCGCACACACACACACACACACUCUCUCACACACACACACACACACUCUCUCUCUCUCACACACACACACAUACACACUCUCUCUCUCUCUCUUACACACACACACACACACACACUCUGUCUCUCUCUCUCACACACACACUCACACUCUCACACACUCUCUCUCUCACACGCACACACUCUCACACACACUCUCUCUCACACACACAUACACACACUCUCUCUCUCACACACGCACACACUCUCUCUCACACGCACACACAAAAACACACACUCUCUCUCACACUCUCUCACACACGCACACACUCUCUCUCACGCGCACACACAAAAACACACGUACACACACAAACACAUGCACACACACGUACACACACAAACACACAAAAACACACACACACACUCACACACAAACACUCUUUCUCUCUCUCUCUCUCUCUCUCUCUCACACACACACACACACGCAAACACACACACACACACGCGUACACACACGCAAACACACACGUACACACACACGUACACACACACACACACAGGGCGGGACUUGGAGCGGAAAGAGCAGCAGGAGUCGACACCGUUAUACCCAACAUCUUGGAAACAGCAGAAAUAUUCCCCAAACAGCCUUUUCUUCCUGGAGGAACCAAAACUCCGCAUUUUGGACAACAGUUUGUGAAUAAAAAAUGGCUUCGUCUCCUCAGAAGUCUCCGUCCUCUCCGAAAUCUCCGAGUCCCAGAUCACCGCCCUCCAGGAAAAAGGACGACUCCUUCCUCGGAAAACUCGGAGGAACUUUGGCCAGAAGAAAAAAGGCGAAAGAAGUUUCUGAGCUCCAAGAAGAGGGCAUGAAUGCAAUCAACCUGCCCCUGAGUCCCACGCCGUUUGAGCUGGAUCCUGAGGACACCAUGCUGGAGGAGAACGAAGUCCGCACGAUGGUCGAUCCCAACUCCAGAAAUGACCCUAAACUCCAGGAGCUCAUGAAGGUGCUCAUCGACUGGAUCAAUGAUGUUUUAGUAGGAGAACGGAUCAUCGUCAAGGAUCUAGCCGAGGACCUUUAUGAUGGACAGGUUCUUCAGAAGCUCUUUGAGAAGCUGGAAGGAGAGAAGCUUAAUGUCGCUGAGGUUACACAGUCCGAAAUUGCCCAGAAGCAGAAGCUUCAGACUGUCCUGGAAAAGAUCAAUGACACCCUCAAAGUGUCCUCCAGGAACAUCAAAUGGAACAUUGACUCAAUACAUGCCAAGAGCAUAGUCGCCAUACUUCACUUGUUGGUGGCUCUAUCUCAGCACUUCCGUGCUCCAAUCCGACUCCCAGACCAUGUGUCUAUACAAGUAGUUGUGGUUCAGAAACGUGAGGGCAUCCUUCAGUCUCAGCAGGUCCUAGAGGAAAUUACUGGCAACACGGAGGCACUUUCUGGAAGGCAUGAGCGUGACGCAUUCGACACCUUGUUCGAUCAUGCACCAGACAAGCUGAACGUGGUUAAAAAAACUCUCUUGACAUUUGUGAACAAGCACUUAAACAAGUUGAAUCUGGAGGUGUCUGAGCUGGACACACAGUUUGCUGAUGGUGUUUACUUGGUUUUGCUGAUGGGGCUCCUGGAAGGAUAUUUUGUUCCCCUCUACAACUUCUUUCUCACCCCAGACAAUUUUGACCAUAAGGUGCACAACGUUUCAUUUUCCUUUGAGCUGAUGCAAGAUGGCGGUUUGGAGAAGCCAAAACCACGGCCAGAGGACAUUGUCAACUGUGACCUAAAGUCUACAUUACGCGUCCUCUACAAUCUCUUUACCAAGUAUAGGAAUGUGGAAUGAAUUCCUGAUCCACAGCACUCACUUUGGAAAUAACAUCCUUAUCAGUAUUACCUAAGGGUUUUUGUUAUUGGAUUAUUAUUUACAGUAUUCAGUAUUAUUUCAGCAUUCAGUGUUUUUUCUGCUCUGUAUUUAUCCAACAUGCUAUCAUUUUAAAUUUACACAGUUAUGAAGGAUUGCGUGAUGAAACUAAUAGCGGGUUAAUGCUAAGUGUGUUUGUUUUUUCUUUUCUUUUUUUUUAACUGUUGAUAUGGAUUUUUAAUCUGAUUUUUAAGUGACUAUCAGAGUUGUUGCAAAUCGUGUCUUCUAGUCAGACUCACCAUCCAUUACACCCCAGGCCCAGGAUAAAGCCUGUUUUUGAACAACAAAUUUCGAUCAAAUAGGUCUAUUCCACAUGUCAGUGUCUGUCAUGGGUCCUCAUCUGGACUGGGCCCUUCCCCAGUUGUACCCCUGUGACAGCUUGACUGCUUCCAGUUUGUUGGCUUUUAUCACUAAAUAUGAUGAGAAACGAGGAAAUAAAUAACAGCAAGGUCUUUUACUUUUUAUUUUAAAUUGUUGCAUGGAGUUUGGGAUAGAGGAAUCUGUCUUGCUCUCUUUUAAGUGAACAGACCAAAUUAUCUAGUUCAGGCACUUCAUUGUGCUGUUGAAAAGGCUUCAAUGUUUGUUUUUUUCCUGCUUGUAUGAAACUUCUAUAGAUCUGAAGCAAACAGACAUGAAAUUGCCUUCUCCACCCCCAAGGCAAUCAUAGAAUUCAAACCAUAAGCAGACGAUUGCUACUAGUUUGUAAGAAUGCAAUGUGGCUAUUAAAAAAAAAAGGAUUCCUUCGUGCAGUUUAAUGUGAAGGUCGGCGCGAUCGUUUGUUUCACUCUUGAGGUUUGAAUGCGGUGUGUGGGGCCUGACGGGCUGAGAGGAAAAGCGAAUUCCUGUCCUUGUGCUCUCCUCAUUCACCACUGACCAUUUUGUGUGACUGUCCUGUGUGUACUUUUGAACGAAUGGAAGAGGAAUAAAUUGAUCUCGAUCGCUCAGUCACACUUAAUAACUUUCAGACCAAAGGCUGCAAACAAAAGGCUCGCUUAAGGCAGAGGCAGUGUUUCAUUUUAAUUCCUCAGACCGGCGGUCUUCUUGCUGCAAUAAAGUUGCAUGAUGAAAUCUGGGUUUUGUUACUGAAACGGUCGAAGGGAAGCUCUUCUGAAAAGCAGAGGUCACAUUUUCUCUUGUGUAUAAUGGUGCAGCUCUGCACAAUUGGACUCAACAAGGUUAUAAUGGAGGCCAGUGGAGGUAAUGUGGUUAGGUUAGGGUGCGGUUCUCUUUGUGUGAUUCACUUGAAGACCUUCAUGUUUCAUCAGUUGUGUAUUUUUCAUUUGCAGAAUUUUUUGGUUCGGCUUCAGGCAAAUUGAAUAUCUUAGUUAAGCCAAGUUGUGUGUUUAUGAGAGAGGCCUGUGGCUGAGUUGCACUUUCACGCAAGUUUUGUGGAACUAAAAUACUGGCCCAGAUGAAUUGUAAGCACCGCUUCCAGCCUGUAAGCUCUUCUUUUUUUUUUUUUUUUUUGCACGCUUCCAAAUUGCACACUUUUUAUCCCAAAAUACACUGUCAAAAGAAGCAUUUUUGGAAAAAAGUACACACCUCCUGUCAUAUUCUUUGGGCCCCAUUAAGAGCCAGCUGUGUUAAAUGUGAAUUUCACUGUUAGCGCUGUCUCCGACAAUGGCCUUUUCGAUAAAAACCUUUGUUCUGCUACAUUUUCUGACCCAUUAUAUGACUGGAGCUGGGGGGAGAUUAAGAGACGAGGGCGUCUUCAUCACUGAGCUGCCUCUGAGAGCCUAAAUAACAGUGAAGACCACCUGUGUAAUUGUCCAGCGCUACGGUGUCCUGAAUAGCCAUUAGCUUCCCUACUGCAAUUACCUUUCCUCCGGUCGCCUUCAUGAAGCCAAGCACAGCCGAGAGCUCUAGAGAACCUCAACCCCUGUUUACUCCCAAACACAAAGGCUGAAACAGUGUCUUAUCCAGGCUGAUAUUGAUUUGUGCUUAAGAUUCAGGUCAUUACGAGUAAUUGAUUCCUCCAUUGCAUCCUCUUAGCAUGCCUCAGAAGUGCAUUUACACCUGCAUGGAUAACAAAGUUCUGAUAUUUUCUAUAAAAUUGUAAGAAAGAAAAAGUGUCAAAAACUGUACAUAAAAAUAUGUACACUGUCAUUGUUACUGUGGGAAAUCUCUACUAUGGGAGCUAUAAACUUUAUAUUAUAGGAGCUAUAAAUGCUAUAUUAUGGGAGCUAUAAGUUCUGGGAGCUAUUGUUUUUAAGUAGUUAUAAUUCAACCUGGUCUGUAUAUUAUUUAAAGGUGCUGUUUGUAAUUUUUUAAAAACAUUUUUCUAGGUCUAGACUAAUUGCAUAGAAAUACUGAUUCGUGAUAUUAUUUUGCAAUGGAUAUGGCUGUGUUUUAUUAGACCUUUUCUUUUUUUUUUCUGACCCUGAAAUUAGCUCUGCCCCCAGGUCUGCUCAUCUAUCCCUUUUCCUUAAAAGGCAAUCCAAAUGGUCAGAUGGGAGAAAUACGAAGGCAGGUCAAUCCUUUCACUGCAAUUGCAGUUUUACUCGCAGGCAGCAGAUAGCACUAAAAAUUACAAACUGCUCCUUUAAUGGUUAUUUUAUUUCAAACUCUAUCUCAAUAUGAGAUAGCUUUGAUAAUUAUUGAUUAACAUGUGAUGAAAUAUGCAUAUUUUGUAUUCAAAAUAAAACGGAUUUGAGUAAAAAAAAACAUAUUGCUAUCAAAUGCACUGUUGUACUGAAGAUAUCAUUCAUUUUCCUGAUGUAAAACAGUAAACUUCGGAAGGUUCUUUUUGAAAAUUCUAUUUUUUUACAAUAUUAAAAUCGUUUCUACCACAGCACUUUUGAAUACCCAAAUCUGAUUGGCCAGAAGGUGUUUUAAUUUUCUAUAACAGCAGCUUUGACAGCAAUUCCAGCUGUAAUUCAAAUCAGGUUUAUAUUAAUGCACCAUUUCUAAUACGCUAUUGUUUCUAUAAUAAAAGCUCAUUAACAGAUCCAUAUUAACAAUAAACAGGUUUUAAUAACUUGUUAUUUAACAAAAACAAAAUGUAGAAUUGUUGAUACACCAUAUGGUAAAAGGUUUGUGGACACACACCCAUAUUUGGUUCUUCUCCAAACAGUUGCCACAAAGUUGGAUGUACACAAUUGUAUGGACUGUCUUCGUAUGAUGUAGCUUUACAACUUCCCUUCACUGGAACUAAGAGGCCCGAACCUGUUCCAGCGUGACAAUGCCCCUGUGUACAAAGCGAGCUCCAUUAAGGCAUAGUUUGCCAAAGUUCAUGUGGAAGAACUCGAGUGUUCUGCACAGAGCCCUGACCUCAACCCUGCUGAACACCUUUUGGAUUAAUUGGAAUGCCGACUGCACCCCAGGCCUCCUCGCCUGACCUCACCAAUGCUCUCAUGGCUGAAUGAACACAAAUCCCCACAGCCACAGAGCGGCUGCUGAGGGAAUGACGGUUAUAUAGCUACUCUAACAUUGUCUUGUGGAUGUUCCACUACAUUAAAUUUAACUUGGUUGGUUAAAAAGCAUUACGUAUCUUCCAUUAAUCAUUGUAAAAUUUUAAUGUUUGUCAAAUUUCUGUUGUAUAAGAGGAAUUAAACACUUCAGGACAUGGUGUUAUUGGAAAAUAAUCACCUUUGGGGUGAUAAUGCUAAACCUCAUUGUGUUUUAUUCCUCACAUAAGGUUUUGAUCCUCACUAAGGUCCAAUGAAACACAACAUUUUAUUUGAUAUGCAUAUUUUGUUGAUCCUUUUAAUGAGGAUUUUUGUUGUGUUUUGUUUAAAUCUUCUCACAU